AUGCCGCUCUUCGCACUCCCUCUCACGUCGUCUUCUUUGACGCGGUUCUCGAAGCCCAAGACCGCUCGAGUAAAUUUCACGUCUCUUCCUGUGCGGAAACGCAAACGUUCGCACUCGUCCCCGCAUUCGAGCGACGACGACGAGAAUUUUUCCACGGACGGACAGAGUAGCGUCACAACCUCCACCAACCCGUUCAGUCUUACGCCGGCAGAGAUCGUGCAGUAUAGGCUGGCUGGCUUGGAGCUGAAUGAGCAGCUGCCUGAUGUGAAAGCGUUUCCGCAUCGUGGCUUACCGAGGACAGCGGGGUCGCACGACACUUCUGCGAGGGGAAAGGCAAGCCGAAGGAGGAGCCGGCUUAAUGAUGAUGAGGAAGAGGAGGAGGAGGAAGAUAUAUGGCCAGAAUUGAAAGAGGAAGAGGAAGAUAAGGAUGCAGUCGAGAGGCCGAGUCGUGGACCUUGGUUGAGGAACCAGCAUCUUAGUGUUCUGACGACGAUCCUACAUCGGUGCCUGCAGGAGGGCGACAUUAAGAGGGCAAGUAGGGCUUGGGCGAUGCUACUGAGGGUACAGAUAUCUGGGAAGGAGAUUGACGUGCGGUCGAAUGGCUACUGGGAGAUUGGAGCUGCGUUGCUGAUGCGGUCUCUGGAUAAGAAAAAGAAAUACUCAUACGAUGAUGCAGAGAGCGAUGCUGAGGAUUUUGCAGAGCAAGUCAAAGACGAGGGCAGAGAGAGCAGAUGGGGUACUAAGGAAGGCCUGGAGCAAGCUAGUGAGUAUUACCAUCGAAUGAUACUCGAGUUUCCUCAUAGGAAGUUUUUCCGUGGUCAUGCCACUGCAGUCGAUUUCUGGCCUGCGAUGGUGGGCUGUGAGUUAUACGGGAUCCAGUACGAAUAUGAAGAUGGCCUACGAAGGGUCGAAAAGCAAAAAGCAAUAGAUGACGAAGAGGAUGGAAGCGGGGACGAGAGUCAAGAGAGCGGGGACGAAAGUCAAAGUCUAGAAAGCGAGGACGGGGGAGAAGACCCCGAAGAUGAUUCAUUCACGAUAAACCAGCGGAGAAAAGAGAGAACGCCGCGCAAAAGAGCGGAAAAGAGGUGGGCAGAGAGAGAGGACGUCCGCAAGGCUGCGUUGGCGGCGUCCAAAGCCAUCGCAGCAAAACUCGACCAUCUUGUGGAUGAUCAGUUGUAUUUAACGAGCCACAACAUCCUCAGGCUUAGAGGUAUGCUAGCUCUUUAUAUUGGGGAUCUCAGCGUACCAGCGAUGCCCCUCCCAUACGAUGACGAGGACCAGAACGGGAAUUCGCUUCGCAGGAGCGGAAGACGCGGAGGUUUGGUUGAGUCUUCAGAGCGACGACUUCAAUUCCGUGAGCGGAUCGCCGAGCAUGACCGUGGAAAGAAGAAGCAAGCCGAUGAGCACGAUAGGGCUGCCAAAUUAUUUGAUAAGAUAUCCGGGAAUAGUGGAGAGGACGAAGAUGUUCAGCAUCUCGCUUUGGAGACGGUCCGGAAAGAACGACAAAGAUGA